CUGCACACUCUCGGCGGCCUCAUUUUGGGGCAAUGCUUCUCUCAAUGACACCAUCUAAAGUCCAAGAGAGAACGUCUGAUUACUGUCUCCCGGUAGCCGCUACACCUCCGUAACACCAGCAGUGAUGGCGGUAGACUUGGCUCCGGCUGCAUGGCUGUGACCACCGAGAUCGCCGGCCGUUGAAGUAGAAGCGGUGAACAGCAGGACCUCCCCGAAAGAUGCGGGCGCCAGACAUCAUCAUUCGUCAUGGAGCUGAUGGUGUUUCAGAGGAUGAUUGGGAUGACUGGGGAGCUUAAGAGGGACGUCGGAGCAGCUGAGGUCUGGUCGUCGAGAUUACAGCGCAACCUCGGCGUUCUGGCUCCGCCAAACGGAGACAAACGACGUCAUCCUGACAAGAUAGCCGAGUCGCUCUCACCAUCUUCCGGCAUCUCCGCACCAUUCUUCCUCUUUCCACUCCCUUCUCAACCCUCAUAAUCCGAACAUGCAAGUAGUCAAGCGGCUGACCUCCCUCGACCCAGCCGCCAUCGAUGGGUUGGCGAAGCUCCUCGCCUCCUGCUUCGACCUCGACGACGAGCUCUACGCGGCGCUCUUCGGCGACGCGCCAGACCCGCUUCCCCUCAUCACGCUAUACUUCCGCUCGCGCGGCUACGAGAGCGUGCGCGACGACGAAGUAUACGUUGUUGAGGCUGCCGGUCUUAUAGUUGCGGCCGCGAUUGUCGUGCCCCCGGGUCCUAGGCGACAGAGGGAGGCGACGCCGUACUCGGACGAGUUGAAACGCGAGACACCGCCGGAUGUCACGGAGAAGCAGAAGAUUUUUCACGAGGUCGUCGACGAGCUCGAGAGCGAGGCGUUCGGUGACGACACAUACUACCUCUCCUUCCUCGGGGUGGCACCGUGGGCGCGUGGCAAGGGCCUCGCUGGCGCGUUGCUCAAGCAUGUUGUUGAUCGAGCACGCGCGGACGGCCGGCUGGUGACGGUCACCACGACGACAGAGGGGAAUAUUCCCAUGUAUGAGAAAUUUGGCUUCACAGGCAUCCAAAGCGCUGAGGUCACGCUGGGCCGGUCACGACUGGAUAUUUGGGCAAUGGACAAUGCUGCGUCCGAGGGGCAUUUGUAGAUGAAUGUGUGUGCAAGAGUGCA